UAUUUAACAUGUUGUUAGAACGUGGCAAAUAGCUUUUAGAUAGUGAGGCGUGUGACAGAGCUCCUCGCACCUUGCAGCAGAGGAUAACUAUACCCAUCAUAGACCACCAUCAAACACUGGCAGCUUAGUAGCCUAACAGGAGGACACGAUGAUAGUGGGGGUUCUGUGUAUGGUGGUGAUGGUGUGUUUCAGUGCUGGGGAAGGCACAUACUGCUCAGAUGGCCCUGUCCCCUCAGUACCUAAGUCUGCUAAAGUAAUGGUCUCCUGUCCAUCUUUCCAAGCCUCAGAGAUCAAGUAUCAGCUGUUCUUCAAUAAAAAACUUGUCACUAAAGUCGGCCUGAAUAAGAACCACACAGCACAGUUUGAAGUCACAGCCAGUGAGAGUGGGGUGUACUGCUGCAUGAUGGAGACGAUUUAUCCUCCGCCAUACAAACAGAACUGUAAAACAACUCAAGUGAAUGUGACAGAUGAGAAGCCUUUGUCAUCAAUCAAUGCCAGUGUCACACCUGUUAAGAGCUGUGCAUGCAAGCCUCCAUUAAUUCCAGAGGUGGUGAUGUGGGGAGGAUGUGGUGCUUUACUGGUCUAUAGCCUGACAAUCACCUGCAUAACCAUUGCUAUAUGGAAGAAGCAGAAGAAAAAGGAGAUGGAUACAGUUGUGUAUGAAAACACGAGACCCAGAGACUUCAAGAAACCUUCCAAAGUUUAAGCGGUGCUUAUGGCAACCAAGAAGUGUCACAGCUAUACAACCUGCGAGUGCUGUCAACACCUUUCAGUAUUAAUCAGAAGACUGCUGCAUGGAUACGGAAGAGAUCCUUCUGUUGUGGACUAAACUGAGUUGUCCCAUAAAUGUUUUGUUUUCUAAAAUGAUUUAUUGGUGAUGGUUAGCCUAAAUAACGUGGCCAUAUACAUCACUUUUAAUGGUUUAAUAAAUACAUGGUUCAAACUCGUCACACUUCACACUAUUUUCUGAGUAACAGACAUGCAACAGGCUUUAGAUGAAUUCCAUGUACCUGGAUAUCAGCCACAAUAGAACUGUGCUUCUCAAAUAGAGGAUUGAUUUUAAGGUUCUUUCUUUUUAAAGUGACACCACUUGGCACCUGUGUACAUUUCAGUUCUUCACUGCCUCUGCUUUAACCCUAGAACAGCUACUUUUGAUUGUUCUACAUCAACGUUUGAGAGUUAGAAAAAAAAUAUGUAUCUGUAGUAGCACCACCAAAGCUUUGAAAUGGCCAAUCAGAUAUUCUCAUCUACUCCUGCUUUCAAGAACAAACUGCAGAUAUGUGUUUUUAACAGCCUUGUUAACCUUACAAAUUGAUCUUUUUUGGGCAAUUCUUUGCAGUUCAGCACAUUAUUUUUGAUAUGUUCUGAUGUUGUAUAUUUUCACUGAUGGUAUUAGAUAAAACCUGAUGUAGUAAAAGGUCGUUAUUUGUAUGUUGAGCCAA